GUGAGCACCAUUGUUGGUAUGAGAUCAUGACUAUUUUACUGUGAAGUGUGAACUGACACAACUACUGUUUUCCAAUGCUGGCUGAUAAACUCAACAUGAGGACAAUGUGGGCAGCAGGAAUGAUGAGAAGGUGGAUGCAUUCUUCACCAUAUCAAGUGCGUGGCGUGGCCUCACUGGUGCCGGGCGAGCCGACUGGCCCUGCCAUGGUGACAGCUGUGCCAGGGCCGCGCAGCCAGCAGCUGCUGAAGGAGCUCGACCAGAUCCAGGCGUCAGGCAGCGUGCAGUUCUUCGUCGACUACGAGCGCUCGCUGGGCAACUACGGUGACGUCGACGGCAACGUGAUGCUGGACGUCUUCAUGCAGAUCGCCUCGCUCCCCAUUGGCUACAAUCACCCGCGCCUGGUGCAGGGCUGCCGCCUCCAAACAGAUGAUGGUGAGCUGGCGUCCGUGAACCGGCCGGCGCUCGGCUCCUUCCCCGACGCGGAAUGGCCCUUGAAACUGCGGUCGGCUCUGCUUUCGGUGGCACCCAAAGGCAUGCCAAACGUGCAGACAAUGGCUUGUGGAUCGUGCAGUAACGAAAAUGCCUACAAAGCCAUGUUUAUGACUUAUAGGAACAGGCAGCGCGGCAGCACGGACUUGCCACCGGCCGAGGACAUGCAGUCGUGCAUGAUGAACCGAGCGCCGGGCAGCCCGCCACUAUCGGUGCUCUCGUUCACGCACGCCUUCCACGGCCGCACCCUGGGCUCCCUGUCCACCACGCGCUCCAAGCCCUUGCAUAAGGUGGACAUUCCGGCGCUGGACUGGCCGGUGGCGCCGUUCCCUGCCUACCAGUACCCGCUGGAGGAGCAUGAGGCCGAAAACCGGACUGAGGAUGCGCGCUGCCUGCAGCAGGUGGAGGAGGUGGUCGAGCAGUACAACCGGGCCGGCAAGUGGGUGGCCGGCAUGGUGGUGGAGCCCAUACAGGCGGAGGGUGGCGAUAACCACGGCUCGCCCACGUUCUUCCGCGGACUGCAGGCGCUUGCCAAGAAGUACGAGAUGGCGUUUAUGGUGGACGAGGUGCAGACGGGCUGCGGCGUGACGGGCAAGAUGUGGGCCCACGAGUGGUUCGAGCUGGACGGGCCGCCCGACAUCGUCUCCUUCAGUAAGAAGAUGCUGACCGGAGGGUACUACCACUCGACCCAGUUCAGGGCUCCGCAGGCCUACCGCAUCUACAACACGUGGAUGGGUGACCCGGCCAAGGUGCUGCUGCUCGAGGAGGUGGUCAAGGUCAUGAAGGACGACAACAUGAUCGACAACGCGGCGGAG